CCCGGUGUUGCAAAUUCGUUGCUUGCCGUAGUAGCAGCAUCAGGAAAAACAGGAUGCAGGCUUACUCGAAACUUACUAUCUGUCUAUUUUGGCUCUUGAGCGGCCUCGCAUGGCAACCCCUCGCUGCCUUUCACUAUCAGCGUAUGCAGGCCCAGCAACAGCAACGACAGCACGCAAGGAUUCCUUUUCUACGUAUGGCAUCAACGGCCGAAAGAAGCAGCCUACCGGAGAGUUCAUCCAAAACAACAUCAACCAGAUCGCCCACCAGUGUCGCCAAGUAUCCGACACAACGUGGGUCCGAAGUAGAUUCCCGCAAAAUCAUUGCCACCGGUGCGGGACGUCAACACCUAACGGCAAUCCACGUGCAUCACGUUCUGUUCGCCUCGGAAGAACUGGCCCUCGCCAGUUUACACCAACUCCGUAACGCGGAAAUUCCAUUUGCUACUUUGGCUACACAGAUCAGUGCUUGUGCGGCAACCCGGGACAAGGCGGGAGCGAUCGGAUGGAUUUCGGUCCCGAGCCGCGAUUCGCUAGACGCCAACGGCGGCGUCUCGAACGAGCACUUGGACGAAAUCUUUCCGGAGGAAGCACGCGAUAGGAUUGUUCAAAUUACGACCAAGCCGGGAGAUAUUGUGUUGGUGAAAAGUCGCCGCGGCUUUCACCUCGUUCAAGUAGUUGACGUCAUGGCGGAUGUUCGACGAAUGGCCACAUUGAAAC